GCGUCGGUGGCGGCGCGUCGGCGGCGUUGGUGGCGCGCGCGGCCGCCAGUCGGCUGCAGCGCUGGUCCGGGGCGCCGGCCGUGCCGGAGAUGGGUGUUCCCCGCCGUGGGCUGGACGCAGCGGACGGUCACAGUGUCGCCGAGUGUCCGUCCGAGCCCGGCUGAGACGCGCCGGUCGCCAGUGUGUCCGUGUCCGUGUCCGUGUCCGUGUCCGUGUCCGUGUCCGGUGUCCGCAGGAGGUGACCCUGCGGACCUUCUCCUCCCGGUGCUAGCCGCCGCAGACUAGUGCGCGAUGUGUGUCGAUCGGAGGUAUCUGACCGCCCUGGUGGCAGUCACACUAUGGCUGGUGGCCACCGCCAACCCGGACGCCAAGAGGUUAUACGAUGACCUGCUCAGCAGGUACAACCGGCUGAUUCGGCCGGUGGGAAACAACUCGGAUACCAUCACCGUCAAGAUGGGCCUGCGGCUCUCGCAACUGAUUGACGUGAACAUGAAGAGCCAAAUCAUGACCACGAAUGUCUGGGUUGAACAGGAAUGGAACGACUACAAGCUGGCCUGGGACCCGUCAGAGUAUGGCGGGGUUCAGACGCUACACGUCCCUUCAGAACACAUCUGGCUUCCCGACAUCGUCCUAUAUAAUAACGCGGACGGCAACUACGAGGUCACCAUCAUGACCAAGGCGAUCCUCAACUUCACCGGCCGCGUGGUUUGGAAGCCGCCGGCUAUCUACAAGUCCUACUGCGAGAUAGACGUCGAGUACUUUCCGUUCGACGAGCAGACGUGCUUCAUGAAGUUUGGCAGCUGGACCUACGAUGGAUACAUGUUGGAUCUACAGCAUCUUCACCAGACUCCGGACUCAAACGACGUUGACUACGGCAUCGACCUAAACGACUACUACAUCAGCGUGGAGUGGGACGUGAUGUCAGUACCCGCCCAGCGCCGGGAGCGGUACUACAGCUGCUGCGAGGAGCCCUACCCGGACAUCUACUUCAACAUCACCCUAAGGCGAAAGACGCUCUUCUACACGGUGAACCUCAUCAUCCCCUGCGUGGGCAUCAGCUUCCUCUCCGUCCUGGUGUUCUACCUGCCGUCAGAGUCGGGCGAAAAGGUCUCGCUCUGCAUCUCGAUCCUGCUGUCGUUGACUGUGUUCGUCCUGUUGCUGGCUGAGAUCAUUCCUCCGACGUCUUUGACAGUACCUCUCCUCGGCAAGUACCUGCUCUUCACCAUGAUUCUGGUCACGCUGUCCGUCAUGUCGACCAUCUGCGUGCUCAACGUCAACUUUCGCUCGCCGAGCACGCACCGGAUGUCGGGCUGGAUGCGGCGCCUGUUCGUCCAGUACCUGCCCUCCAUCCUGUUCGUGGUGCGGCCCGCCAAGGAUGAUGACGAAGAGGUCGUUCCUGACGGCGAGGAGUCGACGCUGGCGGAGCUGGAGCUGCCGGCGCCGCCGUCCCGCUACGACCUGGAGCGGUACGGCGACGCCAGUGUGGUGGGUGACCGGCUGGCCCUACCCUUCGCCUCCCCGCUGGAGGGCGGAUUCUGCUCGCACCACGCGCCGCCCUCCUCACCUCCCGGGGGCAGCAAACUCGACUACCGCGUCCAGAACGCCAUCAUGGGCGUGCGCACCAUCGCCCAACACAUGAAGAACAAAGACACCUACGAGGAUAUCGAGGCUGACUGGCAGUACGUAGCCAUGGUGCUGGACCGGCUGUUCCUCUGGAUCUUCUCACUAGCCUGCGUGAUCGGCACGUGUGCCAUCCUGCUGCAGGCGCCGUCACUGUACGACAACACGACACCCAUCGACCGGCUCAAGUCCAAGGUGGCGCGGGCAGACCUCAACACCAUGGGCCCUGAGGAGUGACCCUGUAGUAGCCGCUCGGACGGGUGCUGUGCCGUGAACACUGGUAACGGUGACGGCAAGCGUGCAGUGGUGCUGGUGCAUGGCGAGCACACGGUGCUAGAACAUGUUUGGGAGCUUGCGCUCGUGUGUGAAAUGCUCCGAGUUCACAAAAAGCCGGUGUGUGGUGCUGUAGGAAUGACGGUGGCGCCGUUGCUGUUAGAAGGGUCUUGGUGUCUCCGUGUUGACCAGGGGCGCGACUGAAAGGUGUACUGAAGGGAGGGUGAGGUAGGUGGUGUUUGAUGACCCCGAUUCUGUCGCCCAGCCCGUUGCAUUCCGAAAGUUUCGUAUCAAAGUAGCCAGCGCUGGCAGCUAAAUGUUUUUCGUGGGUGAUGCUCUACAAGGGCCCAAACUACCCUUACCAAGACUAGCAAACAUCUCAAUAGGGUACAGAGCGGAUGCUUGAAUCUUGCCGUUUUACAGACAGUAACGAGCUUUACGUGUCAGAGGCCGUUUACUGCAGCUGGAGAGCUAGCUGGCAGCUGUGGAGGCUCAUUUAUAAACUGGCUACCUCCUCUGAUGACCGCAUAGGCCAUGCUUUAGCGUUCUGCGCUAGCCUCUAACUCUAUUCCUGGUGUCUAGAGAGCAGCCAAAGGCAACAUAUAUUGGCGCAACGGAUCCGGUGAGAGCUGCCACAUCUUGCAGCAUCCUUCGCACCGACAUGUAUAGUGUUCCAUAGCAAUAUUAUGGUGUGGGUGAACCCACAUUCGUAUAUGCUCGUCGUAUGUACAUGGAAAACGUUCCUGCUUGCCAACUAAGAGCAUUCAAACAAAGUCUGCAGUGUGUGCAGGCAAAUGCUCAAACAGAGGUUGCGUAUAUUUGUACCAAUGGGAAGCGAGUCAAUCUUUCAUGUCUUCCAACUUUCUUGCCUGCUUAUAUAAUUUUAUUAACUAUGGACAUGUCGUACUGUGGCUGAAUCCUUUAUACAAACAAUUAAUCUCAUGAUAUGUUGCUUAUCAUAUAUUAUUCGUGCAGAGUAUCAACCCGCGUAACUAAGUAUACUCAUAAGUUAGAGGAGCGCUCGGUGUCUGUACCACUGUUCACGGAAGAAAAUGAUGCUCACCUCGAAUAAACAUUCCUUCCACAA